GCGGCGGCGGCGGCGGCGGCGGCGCGCUGGAAGCGGCCAUGGCAAAGCAGUACGACUCGGUGGAGUGCCCGUUUUGCGAUGAAGUGACCAAAUAUGAGAAGCUGGCUAAGAUCGGCCAAGGCACCUUUGGGGAGGUGUUUAAGGCCAAGCACCGCCAGACUGGCCAGAAGGUGGCUCUGAAGAAGGUGCUGAUGGAGAACGAGAAGGAGGGGUUCCCCAUCACGGCCCUGCGGGAGAUCAAGAUCCUGCAGCUGCUGAAGCACGAGAACGUGGUGAACCUGAUCGAGAUCUGCCGGACCAAAGCCUCUCCCUAUAACCGCUGCAAGGGCAGCAUUUACCUGGUGUUCGACUUCUGCGAGCACGACCUCGCGGGGCUGCUGAGCAACGUCCUGGUCAAGUUCACACUGUCUGAGAUCAAGAGGGUGAUGCAGAUGCUGCUCAACGGCCUCUACUACAUCCACAGGAACAAGAUCCUGCACAGGGACAUGAAGGCUGCCAACGUGCUCAUCACUCGGGACGGGGUCCUCAAGCUGGCCGACUUCGGGCUGGCCCGGGCCUUCAGCCUGGCCAAGAACAGCCAGCCCAACCGCUACACCAACCGCGUGGUGACGCUUUGGUACCGGCCCCCGGAGCUGUUGCUGGGUGAGGCCCUGGAGCAGGCUGAGGCUGGGCAGGGGCCAGGCGCCUGCCUGGGCUUCUUGAGCCACCUGCCCCGGGGCUCCGAGUCUCCCGGGGCCACGGGCUCAAAGGGCCUCCUGCUGCGCUCUUGUUCCCAGGGGGAGCGGGACUACGGCCCCCCCAUCGACUUGUGGGGCGCCGGGUGCAUCAUGGCAGAGAUGUGGACCCGCAGCCCCAUCAUGCAGGGGAACACGGAGCAGCACCAGCUCGCACUCAUCAGCCAGCUCUGCGGCUCCAUCACUCCUGAGGUGUGGCCGAACGUGGACAAGUACGAGCUGUUCGAGAAGCUGGACCUGGUGAAGGGCCAGAAGCGGAAGGUCAAGGACAGGCUCAAGGCCUACGUGCGACCCUACGCGCUGGACCUCAUCGACAAGCUGCUGGUGCUGGACCCCGCCCAGCGCAUCGACAGCGACGGCCUCAACCACGACUUCUUCUGGUCCGACCCCAUGCCGUCGGACCUCAAGGGCAUGCUGUCCACCCACCUGACGUCCAUGUUCGAGUACCUGGCGCCCCCGCGGCGGAAGGGCAGCCAGAUCACCCAGCAGGCGACCAACCAGAGCCGCAACCCCACCACCACCAACCAGACGGAGUUCGGAGCGCGUCUUCUGAGGCCGCGCCUCCCGCUGUGACUCGCGCUGCGGAGCCCGCGGGCCGACGCGGUUCUCUCUAGUGCGCGUUUUAUUUAUUCCCCUGCCCGGGGCGCCGGGAUGCCCAGCCGGCUGGACUGGAGGGAAGCAUGGCUGCCCGGCUAGGAGGGCACUGGGGGCGACUGCCCCGGCCCCAGCUUUCUGGACGGUGCCUGGGGGUCUCCGUGCCUGAGGCGGGGACGGGCUGGGAGGAGGGGCUCCCAGCAUGAUGGGAGGAGGAGGGGACGGUCCCUCGCUCACCCUGGCCUCCCGGGACGAGCGGCUGGCCUCGGGACGGUGUGCUCCCGCCGCCUCCCGGGAGCCCUGGGGCUGGCGGGAGCAGGAGUGUUUUAUCGGGUUGCGUGAUUGAGUUGAGGGACAUUCCUUCGUGCAGUUUGGUUAGUUACAAUUAAAAGUUGGCUUUUUUUUUUUUUUUUC